CACUUGGGAUCUGUGCAAGGAAGAAAUUUACAAGGGGAAAGAUGACGGGGCGGAAGUCGGACCCGACCAUCGUCCACCUGGUGUGGGAUGCCAUCCAGAGCUGCAUGACCCAGCGCCAGCAGCCCAACUUCGAGAGGGUAUCCAAGCAUAUCAUGCGCUUCAACAGCAUAUCACCUGAUGUGAUCGAGGACGAGCUUUCUAAGGUGGUGGACGAUGGUUUGGUGCGGUUCGUGCAACGGCUGGGAGCCAAGGGAUCGAAGAAGGGAGAAGAACAAGAACUGUAUAAACUGCCCAAAGGACCCCCGGCGCCGAGCGAGCACGACUGGUACUAG